AUGAUUUUAAUAAUAUCUAAAAAGGUUGGAUUAAAAAAUUAUUAGGAGACAUCAAUAUUUAAAAAAAAAUAAGACAGAAUGGUUAUGAUGGCAAAAAAGAUGAUAACCAUUUGGGCAGCUCAUUUUCUAUAUUCAAAAAUGAAAUAUAUUUAUAAAUAUUCUACAUUUUACUAGCUAAAAAGUAAGGAAUUAGGUUAAAUGAUAUCUAAUGCAAGAAAAAAAGGAUUUCAAAAAGGCAUUAUUAAUAUCAUUCCACCGUUCUUAGAACCAAUUAUCACAAUUUCCAUUAUUAAUAUAUUUCAUGUGUUAUUAAUUUUAUUUGAAUUAAAACAAAUAAUAGAAUUUGAUUAAGAUUAUAAAUAUAAACAAACUUUCCUAUAAAAAUAAUAUUAAACUAUGUAGAAUGUAAUCUAAAGGAGAUGUUGCUAACAUGAUCAAGAGAUUUUAGCUGUUCAUAUUGGAUAAGACAAUAAAGAUGGGAAUAAAUAUUUUUGUCCAUAAUAUUUAAUCAAACUUAUCAACUCUAAAGAAUUGAUAUUCUAGUAAUAGAUUUUAUCUUCCCAUCUUACUAUUAUUAUUUUUUCGUUUAAUUUAUUGUUAAUACUAAUGAGCUCAGAUAAGAUAGCAUUUAAGAUCCAAAAAAAUUAGAUCUCGAAAAUAUUGAAAAAUAAUGUAGGUAAAAAUUAAUUUUAAUAAAUAAUCUAUAAAAUAAUAUAUUUGAAUUACAAUGUCCAUUAAACUAAUUUAUUACUUAAAUUAUUGAAGAAAUUAAUUAAUUAAAAAAUCAAACUUAAAGUCUAUAUUAACAACGCCAGAUUAUAGCUUCUGAAACUGAAAACUUAGAUUAAGAUUUAAAAUUAUUAAUUGAUGUAAAGAGUAAUUUAUUAACAUCACAAGAAUAUGAUUAAUAGUUAAAAAAAUAAGUGA